GUCUGUGAAACAAAUGGAAUGGCAGAAGGACAAUAAUGGCGGACGAUUUGUAAAGUGACGCAAGCUAACGUUUUACGGCAUGCUUAGAUUCAAUGUUUCAAUAAUAGGAGUCGUUGCUAAUUCAUUGUCGUUAUCGUUAAACACAUGACCAGUUAGGGGUGUAGUCAGUCAUGUCCAAAGCAAUGGCUCGCGAGUUUGACCAUCUCUUCAAACUGCUGAUUAUCGGUGACAGUGGUGUAGGUAAAAGCUGUCUGCUGUUGCGGUUUGCUGAUAACACCUUUUCCGGUAGUUACAUUACGACAAUCGGUGUCGAUUUCAAAAUAAGAACUUUAGAGAUAAAUGGUGAGCGAGUCAAGCUCCAGAUAUGGGACACGGCGGGCCAGGAGCGUUUCAGGACGAUCACGAGCACAUACUACAGGGGGACUCACGGAGUCAUCGUGGUGUACGAUGUCACUAACGGGGAGUCCUUCGCGAACGUCAAACGGUGGCUGCACGAGAUCGAACAGAACUGUGAGGUCGUCAACAAAGUCCUAGUUGGUAAUAAGAAUGACUGCCCGUCAAGGAAAGUAGUUGUAACAGAGGAUGCCCAGAGAUUUGCCAGUCAAAUGAAUAUACCCUUGUUUGAAACCAGUGCUAAGGAAAAUAUCAAUGUCGAAGAAAUGUUUUUGACUAUCACAAAAAUGGCACUGAGGACUAAAUUGGAAAUGAAAGAGCGACAUGUGACAUCCAACGACACUGUACACAUAAGGAAGAACCACAAAACAAAGAAGAAAUGUUGCUAGUGAUUACACAAUAUGGCAAUAAGCCAGGGAUGUCGCUUACACAAUGCUCAAAUUGAGAGAUAAUUGCACAACCCUAGCAGGACACUAUGUACCUCAGCCAUAUAAAGUUUACCAAUGAAAUAGAACCUUCUUUAGUUGGUGUUAGGUACAAAGGAGUGUAUUUUGACAUCAGCAGCAUUAUACAGUUUAGUCUUAUGAAACUAGUGGAAUUUUGUACCUUGAUAUGUAAGUUGAUCUCUAUUGAAUAUUAUCAUGGCAGUGUUUAUGUUAACGACAAAGAGCUGAACGUCCUCCUUACACUUCAGUUCUCAUCUAACAUCUGGGUUUUUCCAAAUACAGUGCAAGUUAUUUAAAAUAGGGAAAAUAUGGGAUUACUAUAUUAUUAGUAUGUGGAAAUUAGAUAACUUUGUUUCUUAAUGCAAAUUCAUUAAUCAUUGGCAAUAUGGUAUAAUGGAUUGUAUUUUUUUUAAUGUUUUUGUAGUCAAAUCGAGCGGUAUACAUUUACUUGAAUAAAACCAAUAAAAUCCCAUUUUAUAAUUUAUAUUUUAAUUUGUUAAUGAUACAUUAUGUCCAUUUAUAAUUUCUAUUUAUUCCAAACUUGCAACACAAAUGACAGUAUUGGUAAUAUUUAUUUAGUAAGAUAUUUUGUUGCUUUUAAUUUAAAAUUUUAAGAAAAUCAUAUUGAUUAAACUACAUACACAGACAUAGAUCAAUAUACAAAUAACAAUAAUGAAUUAGGAACUAUACAAGCCUUUAUGGACUAUAUUUUUAGUUCAAGUUUUAUAAUUAUUGAUUAAAUAAUAUUUUAGAUUCUCUCAUUUGUAUUAAAUGUAUUUAUUUGUUUUAAUGAUAUUAUAUCCAUAUAUCAUUGUAAUCAAGAUAGUAAAUAAUAAUGAAACAAUAAAAUUGGUGCAUGUUUUAUUAUAUUAAGGUCCUCACUGACUUAUACAAAUCGCACCUACACAGCACAAGCUUGCUAAUAUGAAUUACAGCCAUCAAUCUCCUAUUAAAAAGUGGAUGCACAAUCAGCAACCAAAAAACUACUCAAUGAGUGCCAAACACAACUUCUUGGCACUCAGUUCAAGUAGUCGCAUCUACAAAUUCAACCUUAAACUCAUAAAUUAAGGUUGAAUUUGCUCUAAAUUUGGGAUUUUAUUGAAUAUUGGAAUAUAUUUUUCUUUCUGAAACUGUCAAAGCAAAAUUGGCCAGUUUUUAAGUGAAUUUUUCUACAUGAUUGUGCGUCCUAUUAUUAUGAGAGGUCAAUGAUUACAGCACAGUUUGUAAUGUUUGUUCCGUAUGUUGUGUACUUGAGCUGUGAAGUGUUGCGAUCUCUAAACGACAAUAUUAUUAUUGUUAUUAUAUCUUAAGUAAUUAUAUUGACAUAAGUCUGUGCUGGGGUGAACAAUCUCGAGUUAUAUGGUAGGGGCACAUUAGCAAUACGCUUUUCUGUUCCCUUCGACUAAAUUAAAAAAAAAAACAUUUUGUAUAUCAAAAUAGAUACCAUACAAUUGACUUACCAUUCAUGAUAUCACUUUGUUCAGAUUGGCGUGUUGCAAAUGUGUUCCCAGCAUUAGGAGCAUUACUGUUACAAAUAAUUUACUCCAAAAAUUACAUUAGGAUUAUUAUGAAUGCAUAGUUAAUGAUGUAUAAUUGUACUCUCGUAAUUAAAAAUUUUCAUGUGAUGGAGUGUUUGUAUGAUAAGCGAAAUGUUGCUAGAUAUAAAUGUAUACAAUUAAUUAACAUUAUUAUUUUUAGUAUAAUAUUACUGUAAUGAUGGUUUCGUGUCAUGUUGAGGCAGGCCAAUGUAUUAUUACAGUACAGUUGCAUGCAAAACUCAUCAUCAGUACAUUUUUUGUAUUGUUUACAUUUAAGUUGAAGACUACUGGGACCACACUACUUGUUUAACAACUUGUGAACAAAGGUAUCCAGGGAUGCUAUGGAGGUGAUGUAGUAAUUGUAUGUCCCUAGAAGUGACGGCCUCCGUGGCGCAGUGGUAUACGCGGUGGAUUUAAAAAAUGGAGGUCCUGGGUUCGAUCCCCGGCUGGGCAGAUUAAGAUUUUCUUAAUUUGUCCAGGUCUGGCUGGUGGAAGGCUUCGGCCGUGGCUAGUUACCACCCUACCGGCAGACGUACCGCCAAGCGAUUUAGCGUUCCGGUACGAUGCCGUGUAGAAACCGAAAGGGGUGUGGAUUUUCAUCCUCCUCCUAACAAGUUAGUCCGCUUCCAUCUUAGACUGCAUGAUCACUUACCAUCAGGUGAGAUUGUAUAGUCAAGGGCUAACUUGUAAAGAAUAAAAAAAAAAAAAAGUACAUGUACACAAAUCAGUGCAAGUGGAGUGCUAGGCGGCUCUAAUGAGACAAUACCUUUACUCACCAAUGCUGCCCUAAUAAACUUUGUAUAGCAAACAAAUAAUAAGCAUACAAAGUACUUGUAUGCUUAUUAAUUGAGUUUAUUUAUUUAAAAAAUUGUUGAGUUUAAAUGCAGCAGUCAAAGCCAGUGACAAUAUUUAUAUUAGAAUGAAUAUUACCAAGUCCAUCUCGUUUCAAAGGAUUUUUAAACAGCAGUGGUUCUAGAGAUUGUCAUACACAAACAUACAAACUCACUCUAUUUGUAAUAUUAGUAUAUAUUAUCAAAUAUUUUACUUGUAGCUAUGCCCACACAAGCUGCUUGUAAAAACAUACAAGCAUAAAUGUGUUGUUUUACACAUAUUCGUACUCAUAAAAUAAAGGCGAGGGCAUACCAAAGAAUUAAGAAUAUUUGAUAAUUUCUUUUAUUAAUUUUUAGUUUCUGAAUUAAUUAAAUCAUUACACGAACUUCAUGUCAAUAUUAGUAUUAAAAGCAUGAACACAUUUAUUUAAAAGUAUUAUAAAUUAUGAGUUAUGAGUGAAUUUUACCAUUUUAUUUUCAUACAAUUACUUUUUUUUAAAAUUGCCAGUAAUACAUUAGGGGCCUAAUGUGUAAUCUCUUCGUAUUUUUUUUUCUUUUUUGUUUUAAAUUACAAUCCAUUUGUAAAAUUAAAAAAGUGAGAUCAUAUUAUUUAUAUUUUCUUAUUUUAAUAAUUGGCAAAAUGUACAACUAGGAAAAGAUAUUGUAAUUUCAUACACAAAUCUCUAAUUUGUCAUAUUGACUCUGAAAACUAACUAAAAACAACUAAUGAAAACUGUAAAACAAAUAACUAAUAAAUAAUAAUAAAUAACAAAUAGGAUAAAUUAAUGAACUCAACAUUGAUUUUCAUUGCCUGAUGAAAAAUAUAAAACCUUGCCAUGAUGAAUGCGGAAAAUAGAUAACCCUACAGAUGUGCAAUUUGACACAUCAGUCGAACAGUUGAACUAAUCAGUUCAGUAGUAUGUAUAUAGCAGCGGCGAAGAGUUCAUGCAAACCGAUUCCCACCGGGUUACCUAUAAAAAUCCAUGCAUAUUUACAGUGGCGUGCACUUACAUAAAUGCAUUAAAGUAUUGCGUACCCUAAGAGUUGUCUUCGUUGUGCUUAUUAAAUACAGAUUUUUUCCAGUUUGCUUAAUUUUAUUACUAGUACUAGUACUGAUCGACAACCUUAUGCACGCCACUAUUUAUUGUUGUACUGUAUCUAGACAUAUAAGAAACCAGAGUUUGUAUCACGCUGUAAGAAUUUCCUUUUCCUUUUCUUUCUGAUAGGACGGCUAUCCUUCGCCACUGGUAUGUAUGUCAGUUUAAACUGUACUUAGGUUUUUUUUCUAAAGAUAUUGAUUGAAAUUUCGAUUCGAUAAAAGUGAAUGUAUGUAGCAUGUAUAUUUAGGUUUCAAUUUAAAUAUAUUUCUGGUGGUGUAAUACAAAAUUUUCAGUUUUGAAGAUGAUGAUUAUACAAUAUGUAUGAGUUAUUCAAAUUCAAAAUUAUUUAUUUCGAGUAAGCUCAGUUUACAAGCACUUCUGAAAUGUCAGUUGACUAUUUGUAAAAAAACAUAUUGAUUUGUGUAAAGUACAUAGAACUGUUAUUUGUAAUCUAACCUCAUGGUUAUCUUAAUUCAUAAUUCAAACCAAUAAUAAUUAUUAUGCAUUUUUUCUUAAUGUGCAUUUUAUAUUCUUAAUAUCUUUUUAUUGUACACAUUUUAUUAUUUAGUUAUGACAUAUUUUUAAUCAAGAAACGAAAAAAAAUAAUAGAUGAAGGUUGAAUAUUUAAAAUGACUGUAAUGUUUGUAUGCGCCUACAAAUUUUUUUUGUAACAUAUCUAAAGGCUAGGUAGGUAAUGUCAGGUGGUUUUGCAUUAUUCAAGUUACUAAUUUUAUUUACUUUUUCCCUAAAUUCUUGCAGCAAAAAUCACUGUGACUGACUGAAACUUAACUGUACCAAGCCAAAACACUUGCAAUAUUUUGAAAUAGUUAUUUUAUUAUUUAUUUAUUUUUAUUUUUAUUCGUUAUUGCACAAAAAAAAUAAAGAUACAAUGAAAAUAAAAAUAAAAUACAGCAGAAAAGUAAAAUGCGCAAAGGCGGUCUUAUCGAUAAAAGUGAUCUCCAGACAACCUUGAAUGAAAUAUUUAAAGGUUAUUUUAUUUCAUGCCGCUAAAAUUUACAUUAUUAAAAUUAAAAUUAGGAUUCCAUAGUCUUACAAAUAACAUUAAAAAUCUUUGAUAUAUAUAAUAUGAAUAACAAACAAACUCUUCAGCUUUAUAAUAUUAAUAUAGAUUAAUUCCUUAUAGGUUCCUUCUAUUCUAACUAUGGGAUCCUAAGAACCUAGAAACUUUAUUGAACUAUACACUGCUAUGUUAAGAAUCAAUUAGGAAUAUUUUGGCAGGACCACAAUGCAAAAACCAAUCGUCAGGAUCAUUUGUAAUAUACAUCAGUAAAUGAUGGGUAGAAUUAAAUAUAUAUAUUAUAUAAUUCAGAACAUCUAAUAUAUUAUCAUAAUUUGUAGUGUAAAAUUAAUACCAAAAUAACAUGGAAAUAUCUACAAAGAUAUAUGAUUUUCCUAUAGAUUUAUUUAAAUUAGAUACUUGCUUUGCUGAUAUUACUUAGCUUAUAUUACUUAUUCUAAAUUAUUUUGAUACUGUUCAAGUUAUCUGUUCCACACAAUUUUGUACAAUAAUUAGGCUGGCCAUGAGGGUUCAAGCAACUUUAUGUUAUAUGCAAUUUAUAAAAAUAUUUUAAUAAUAAGAUGUGCUUUUUGCAAUUAUUGUCAUCCAAUGUUUACGAGUACCUAAGGCCUAGAAUGUGGUGAAACCCAAUAUCUCAUAAAACCAGAUGAUAUUUCUAGAGUUCACAUACUAUGUUCUGUGUUAUGUGUAUGUUUGGAAAAGUACCUAUAUUAUUUGCAUCCAAUUUAUUUGUUGACAGAUGGUUUCAUAAUUUUAUUGAAUGCCCAAAUCUAUACGAGUAUACCUAAUAAUAUUAAGAAGAGGUAAAGUUUGUAGUGGGUAAUUUCUGGAUGUACUGAACCGAUUUCGAUAAUUGUUAUACCAAUAGGAAGCCACAUGUUUUUUUUGACGGUCAUAGGCUAUAAUUUUAUCCCCUAACACUCAUGGGAGCGGGAACUACGCGGGUGAAACAGAGGGAUGUCUGCUAGACUUGUAUAAAAGUAAAAUACCAUUUCAAGUUUUUGUAAGAGUUACAUUUCAAAAUGUGUCCCAGGCCUAGGGUACUGUUAUUAUGUCUGCACACCCCAAUGUUUUUUGUUUUAUUUUGUUUGUGUCUUUUGUUAUUGAAUAUCCUGCGAGUUGAAACCGCCGGUCUAAUAGUACACAGCAUUUUGCUUAUAUUAUGAUUUUAGUACUCAUAUUAUUUUUAAGUUAUGUAUAUUGUUCAUUACCAGCAUUUUAAAGUGUAAAUAGAUAUAUUUUGCCCAUAAUUAACAA